AGCCCCCACCUCCUUCCUGCUGUUCAGCCAGAAGACGGCCAUUAACCGCAUGGUGAUGGACGAGCAGCAGAGCCCCGACAUCAUCCUGCCCAUCCACAGCCUGAGGAACGUCCGCGCCAUCGACUACGACCCGCUGGACAAGCAGCUGUACUGGAUCGACUCCAAGCAGAACGUCAUCCGGAGGGCCACAGAGGACGGGAACCAGAGCAUGACGGUGGUGUCCAGCCCGCUGCAGGGUCCUGGUUCUGGUCUGCAGAUUUACGACCUCAGCAUCGACGUGUUCAGCCGCUUCAUCUACUGGACCAGCGAGGUCACCAACGUCAUCAACGUCACGAGGACCGACGGCAGCCGAGUGGGCGUGGUUCUGCGCGGAGAACACGACAAACCGAGAGCCAUCGUGGUGAACCCAGAGAGAGGGUACACGUACUAUAAACACACACCUCUCACAGUAACACUUCACCCGUGCAG